GGGGUUGGUAAAGAUGGCGGGGCGAAGUGUUAGAGUGCCGAGACGCGGUUCUGCAGGUACCCAGUCGCGCGGGCAGCUUGCAGCUGGACGGGACCUCCUCGCCCGGGAACAAGAGUACAAGCGUUUAAAUGAAGAAUUGGAGGCAAAAACUGCUGAUCUGGUUCGACAAGCUGAGGAAGUAAUAAGAGAGCAGCAAGAAGUGCGAGCCAGGCCUUUCUCAGCACUAACUACAUCAUGCAAAGAGGAAGGUGGUUCCAGUUCGAGAGAUCUGUUGUCAUCUGAAGGGACUCAUCCAUGGACAGAAACCAAGUGCUAAACUGAAAUAUCCUGAUGCGCAGACUGCCAACGAUGUGGCCAUCCCAGACGAUUUCUCAGACUUCUCCCUUGCCAAGACGAUUAGCAGGAUUGAAGGGCAGCUGGACGAGGACGGCUUGCCCGAGUGUGCAGAGGACGACAGCUUCUGUGGUGUGAGUAAGGACAUUGGCACAGGUAGGUUUUCUUUUCUUCAUAGCUUUUCCCUUAACGUUACAGCUACUUAGUUAGAAAAAAGAUUUGGGGGGACUAUUUCUUUAAAAAUGUAUCACGAUUUAUGGAUUUGUGUCUAGAUAAUAAUAACGUAGAGUCAUGUAAAGGAUGGAGGAAGGAUGGAGAGUCUAGAUGAAGCAAGUUGGCCAUCAGUGUUGUUGACCAAGGGUGGCGCGAGUGCACUGAACUUCCCUCUGCUUUCAUCUCGGGCGGGUAUUUUGUAUUGUAAAAAGGCAUGACUAUAGUAUUGUUUGGAGUUUUUUGAAGUUUUCAAGUGAAAUUAAAAUGUCGUAUAGCUUAUCAGUGGAAUGAAGUUUCUCUGAAUUCCUUUUAUUUUUAUUAUGUUGUUGAUUAUAUGUUAAAUUGAUAUAUAUUUGAAAAGGAUAAUUUAAUUGAUUAGCAACACAUAAGUAAUCAAAUGAGUUUUUUAAUGAAUAUAAUUUUCUUUCUGAUUAAUUUAGACUCUGCAUGUAACUAGCAAAAGACUGAGGUGUGUGAGGUGUUUUUUUUUAUAUAUAAGACUGAGUUUUUAAUUAUCUAAAAGUAUUGUAUUCGUUAGCAGCAGUGCCUCUAAAAUUACUGAAAUUGUGAGGAUCCACCUGUGCUGUUGGGACAAAAACCAGAACAAUUGGAAUGAGUAAGCAUAGUUACUGUGAACUGUCAUUUGGCUGUGAAAUGAAUACGGGUGUGCACUAUGGUUAGCUGCGACUCCAAUCUGGCUCCCGAGCCCCUCUGUGAUAGCAGUGUCUCCAUUUGAAAAUUAGAGUUUGUCAAAUGAUGUCUUGAACCUAGCUAAUAUAUCACAAAAGGCUGACAGUAUCUGAGGCAGGUGGUCUUUCAGAGCAGCGUUGUUUGAGCUCAAUACAAACCAGCAGUCACGUCUCAGCUGUGCUUAGCUGUUCAGCCAGGGUGCCGGACAGUCAGUGGUCACCAAGGUCAGUGGCAGAUUCCCUUAUUGCUAGGAUACAUGGCUUGUAUGCAUUACACUACAUUGGAGACCAGCCUCUGCAGAGCUGUCUGAGGCCUGGCUUUUUAUGGUUCUUUUGAAGCUUGCACACUUUUUGGCCCAUGCUCCUCAUUGAUGUGGGCUUCCUGUGCAGUCCCAGGGCAUUGCUUGUUCCACCCAGGUGCUUGCUUCUCCUGUCAGUGUGUUUUGAUUGUUGGGGGUUUAGCAGGAGUGCCUCCCAUCUUAUUUUCUUGUUUUUAGUUUUAAAUGUUUACUACAGAUGAUCAUGAAGUUUAUCUCUGAACUUCUGACACUGAAGAGUCCUAACAGGUUGUGUGUGUAAUGAUGAUUAAGCUAAUGCUCUAGUUGGUCACAGUGGGAAGCAAUUCAGUUAUGCGUUUGUAGCAUCACCUGACCUAGUCAAGUCCCUGGAACUGGUAGAAGGAAGGACAGUAAUGAAUCAGGAAGUUGGUUGUUACUCUUCAGAUGCCUUCCAGGGUGUGCUGGCCACAUGUUUGUUCCUGGAGACAGUCACCCACUGCCCUGUUACAGGACAGAGAUGUAGAAAUCCAGGACCAGCAACAGGCUUUACCAUGAACAUGAACAUGAACCUGAACCUGAACAUGAACCUGAACCGAGACAGUAACACUGUCUCGGUGCCUGCUUCUUCAGUGUGUUUGGCCAGGGAGAGUAUCCUGUACUCCAAGAGCUUGCUUGGCAUGUCUGGGUUAUGGUUGAACUAAUGAUCUGGAGUCAGUUUGGGGGUACAGACUGUAAGCUAUUGAAACUUCAUUUUUGCUAGAGAAAAUGUUUGUUUCUAUCAAAUUCUUGGACAUUGCCAACCUGAGACUGAUAUCAAUUCUGGUUGAUAUUUUUUGGAUCACUGUAGUAGAUGUGAGACCGGUUUGUAAAUGCGCAAGAACGCCAGUUUAUAGUGUGGUUCUUAGGAGAAGGGGUUUCUGUCUGGUCCCUCUGCCCUUACCCACUCUCCAUGGCUGAUGUGGCCACCUGUUGCUGUUCUUUUUAGUCUCCUACCUGUGGAGUGUUUAAUGUUCACAGUGUUCCUGUCAUGGUCUCCUGUUAGACUGUCUACUUUGGCCAUAUUUUACUUAUAAAAUAUGAUCUUUUGAUAAUUUAUACCUUAGAUUUGAUUUUUUUUUUAAAGCAGUUAUGUAAUGAUUUGACUUCACAGAGGCUCAGAUCCGAUUUCUAAAGGCCAAGCUCCAUGUGAUGCAAGAGGAGCUGGACAGCGUUGUGUGUGAGUGCAGUAAGAAGGAGGAUAAAAUUCAGGACUUAAAGUCCAAGGUGAAAAAUUUGGAAGAAGACUGUGUGCGACAACAGCGAACAGUUACAUCCCAGCAAUCCCAAAUAGAAAAAUAUAAGAAUCUUUUUGAAGAAGCAAAUAAAAAAUGUGAUGAAUUACAGCAGCAGCUGUCAUCAGUAGAACGGGAAUUAGAAAGUAAAAGAAGAUUACAAAAACAGGCUGCCUCAAGUCAGAGUGCCACAGAGGUCCGUCUGAAUCGAGCUCUUGAAGAAGCAGAAAAGUAUAAAGUGGAGCUGAGUAAACUCAGGCAAACUAACAAGGAUAUUACAAAUGAAGACCAUCAAAAAAUUGAAGUGUUGAAAUCAGAAAACAAAAAACUAGAAAGACAAAAAGGAGAAUUAAUGAUAGGGUUCAAGAAGCAGUUGAAAUUGAUUGACAUUUUGAAAAGGCAGAAGAUGCAUAUUGAAGCUGCCAAGAUGCUGUCUUUCAGCGAGGAGGAGUUUAUGAAGGCUCUUGAGUGGGGCAGUUCAUGAGUGAGCAACUGCAAUGGGAUGCUCAUUUGAUAUCAAGUGUAGUCUUCUUGCUGUUCAUGAGUAAUAAGAACAUUUGUGAAAUAAAAGAGUUAGAUAAUGACCUGGUGAAAUAAACAGAAUGUUUGGGAGGAUGUUGGAAGACAAAGCCAGACGGCAACUCUGGCCUGACUUCCUUUUUCAUUAGUAGUUAUGAAAUAAGGAAGCAAGACUUCGACUCUUAAUUAUCUUUUAUGACCUACUAGACCUGGGAGAGGACAGAGAAGAUGGCAGGGCAAGAUUCUGGAGAUCCCCAGCUGCAGCUGCUGAGUCUGCUGCAGGCCUGUGUGCUGUGCACGGCUGCUGCAUCCAACAGCAGUGAUGCAGGCUGGGACCAGAGGCUGUUGUGCAGGGGCUAUGUGUGUGUUCUCUUGUUCAGUGGUUGUGCACACAGGAGACAAAAUAGAGAUGGAAACAGGGACACACUUACUGUACCAAAGGAUCAUAAGUAUAAGUGAUUAUGAACAAUUUGGAUAACACAGAAUGUUUAAUUUCUGGAGAUAUACUACCAAGAAUUAACUAAGAUAGAAAAACCUGGACACACCCAUAGUAAGAAGGGAGAUCAAGUAGAUCAAAUCCAUAAUAAAAAGCUCUAUUGGGAGCUGGUGUGAUGGCACAGUGGUUACGGAGGGCAUUGCUGCUAUUGCAGAGGACCCAAAUUCAGUUCCCAGCACCCACAGGGCUGCUCACAGCCACCUUUAACUCCAGCUCUAGGGGUUCAAGGCCCUUUUCUGGCCUCCAUUGACCUCUGCACAAACGGGAUACAUAGACAUGCACUCAGGGAUACACAUAAAAUAAAAAUAAAUAUUUAAAAAAAUAAAUCUCCUCAAAGAAAAACACAGGACCUGACGGCUUCACUGCCAGCUUCUACCAAACAUUUAAAGAUUGGCAGUUCUUCUCAAACUAUUCCAAAACAGUGACAUAAAGACAUUUCCACAUUCAAGUAUGCUCAUCCUGAUACCGAAAUCAUGCAAGAGCAACAAACAAAACCAAGCCAACAACUCCCAUAGUCCAGUAUCUCUGAUCAACUCAGAUGCAGAAAUGCUCCCCAGAACACCAGCAAACAACUUCUAUACAUCAAAAGAUCCCUCAUCACGAUGCAGUGGGAUUCAACCUAGAUGAUUUGACAUUCAAAUCAGUAAGCAUGUCACACUGACAGAAUGAAGAAAAGGUUUGUAAAUUCAGUAGAGAGAAAAGCCCAAGACUGAGCAACACUUCAUGACAAAACUGUCAGCAAAGUAGGUUACAGAAGGAAUGUGCUGUAACGUGAGUCAUAUGUGACAAACCCACAGCCAACACACUGAACAGGGAAAAGCUGAAGCUUAGCCCCACGUAUUUGUGUAUCCAAUCCUUUUAUAUUGUGACAUGAUAUUGUGAUCUUCAGAGUUCAUACUGAAAGACUAUGCAACAGAAUUACAAAUUAAAAAAAUGAAUUUUGUAUAACAUUUUAAGUUUGCUAUUUGUAGUGGUCUGCAUUAAUCACAUCCCAGGUUGCCCAUCCCUAUAAGACCUGAAAUCAGACAGUUAAGAGCAAUGGCUAGGCAGAGAGCACACGCCUUUAAUCCCAGCACUCAGGAGGUAGAAGCAGGAAGAUUUCUGUGAGUUCGAGGUUAGCCUGGACAGCCAGGCCCACACAGUGAAACUCUGUUUCCACCCUCUCCAAAACCUCCCCAAAAGAGCACUAGUUGCUCUUGCAGAGAACCCAGGUUUGGUUCCCACCGUGCGUAUGGUCCCAGUCAUCUGUAACUCCAGUUCCAGAGGCUAGGACACCGUCUUGAGGCAUUCUUGAGCUCUGCAGACAUCUAGUACACAUAUAUGCAGGCAAGCACAUGUAAAAUUUUUUUUUUUUUUUUUUGGUUUUUCGAGACAGGGUUUCUCUGUGUAGCCCUGGCUGUCCUGGAACUCGCUCUGUAGACCAGGCUGGCCUCGAACUCAGAAAUCCGCCUGCCUCUGCCUCCUGAGUGCGCCACCACGCCCGGCUCGUAAAAUAUUUUUUUAAUCUUAGCAGAAAUGCUAAUCAAAUAUAACCAGCAAGAGAAAGAAAAAUAUGAAGUCUGGGAACAAAGAAGUUGGGUUGUCCAUUAUGAAAAAUGGUUGAGAUCAAAUCAACUGAGUAAAGUUACAAGGUAAGAAAACCAAUAGGCACACAUCAGGAGACUGACAGCACAAAUGAAAGCCUUGAGCUGUAGCUCAGUGGCAGAGCACUUACAGAACAUGUAUGAGACCCCAGAUCCAGUCCCUAGCAUAGCACAAGCCAAAGUAGUGGCAUUUUUAUACAUCAGUGGCAGAAUAUCAGAGAAAAUCUACAGUACCCCAUUUGUAGUAUCUAACAAAAACAUUUUAGACUAAAUUUUACCAAGGAGAUUGAAGAUGGCUGUAUUGAAAACUACAAAAUAUUGAUGACAGAAACUUGAGAGAAGUAAAUAGCUGUUUAAUGUUUAUGAAUUAGAAAAGUGUCUUACAUACUGCCCAGAGAGGUCUGUCGUCUCCCUGUAGUGAGCUGCUGUGUUUGGCCUCUGGUUCUGUGGAAUUCUGUGAUAUGAUGGCAUCAUAGAAUGCAUAGUAAAUAAAAAUGACUAAUUCUGCAGUUAAA